AUGGCGGGAAGUUCAGGUUCUUUCCGUGAGCUCGAGGAUAAACCAUGUUCAGCAGARAUAAACUUAAUGAAAUGGUCUCCUAAGAUGGACUUAAUUGCACUAAUAACAGCAGAAGGAGAAGUCUUGCUGCAUCGCCUUUCUUGGAAGCGUGUAUGGAAUAUUUCUACCUCUGAAGGUAAAGCUGUGCAGAUGGCAUGGAGACCCGAUGGCAAACUUCUGUCUGUUGGUUAUAAAGAUGGAGCAAUGAAACUUUUUGAUGUUGAGAACGGAGAAUGUGUUCAUACGUGUAAUAUAGGAGAAAUCCCUACUUGUAUGGACUGGGUUGAACACGAAAAAGACUCAAAUCUACGCAAAGAUAUCGAGAAACAGCCAUUUAACGUUGACAAGGCAGAGCUCCUUCUACCACCCCUCCCCUCCCUACCAAAAUCAGGAGAGACUUUGUUUUCUAAAGAUUCAAGUGAAGAGGUCGAUAAAGAUCCCAAGAAAUUAGCUUCCUUACCCGAAGAACUUAAUAUUCUAACAAUAGGGGACAGCAAAGGUCAAAUUCAUGUAUAUCUCUAUGGUAUUUUCUUGUGCAGUGUUGUUAAAACAGAAAAUACCGACAUAUCUAGUGUUGUGUUUUCAAGUGAUCUUAAAGUGAUGUCAGCUGUUGUCAGGCAGCUACACACAAAUGGUGAUCAGCAGACAAUAUUGCUAGAAGUUUAUAGCUCUCCACUAUUAAAUUCCCGUCAGUAUGAAUUAUCUGUUAUAGCAAAGAAGAUAGGUACUGUUGCAACACUGAUGGAAUACUUCCAGAAAACUAUAACACUGAUGUCUGAAGCAUGGGAGGACAUAUUACUAGAAAUGGACACUAAGCUCACAACUUUUGCAUCAGAGAUGCUUGCCGCUGGCUCAUCUGUCAGUCAGGAGUUCCUAACUCUUCUAACUAAAGGAACAUCAUCACCAGAAUUGCAGUCAUUUCUUCUCCACGAGCUGACUGAAAAAGGACUUAAGAAACUUGGACACAAUAUAGAGAAUUCUUACUCCAGCAUUCAGGGUCUUGCAUUGAAACAUCUUGAUAGUGUCAUACAAGCUUUGUUGUUUCAUUUAACAGAAUUGUUAGGGAUGGCCAAGUGGUAUGAUCAUUAUGGAAUCCUGGGUCUGUCAGAGGAGUCUGUCCAGGGAAUUACAAGGAUGCUUGGCUCAGUCAUGCUGAAAACCAGAGAACUGGUUGAUGUCAUUGAGAGUAGUUUGAAGAGUUUUAAAGCUUUCUUUCAGUGGUUGUACUCAGUCAUUUUAAGACUCUCCGAUGAGCCAAUUCCUAGUUACAUCAAGCAGUCUAGUCAAGAGGAUGUUGUCUUGGUUGCACACUUUCUGCAAAACCAAUUAAAAGUCAACCAACAUGGGAAGUUUAGUUUAGAGAGGGUUGGGCAAUACUUUGAGGAUUCAGAGUUGUCAUGUGUUUCUUCAUAUGGUAAUACACCAUGGACUAAGUAUGUUGCUGACAGUCCAUUGCUUAGCAACAGCCCGUUAAUACUCCAGCACAGCAGUAACACAUCACUUGUAACUUUGGCAAAGUGUCUUGAAGACAAAAUGCAGCAUGCAUUCAAGAAGCUUGCUGAUACAAUGAGCAAUUCUUUCCAAUGCAAAUGUAAUAUCCACCUGGUUUCUUGUUCCUUAGGGUCGUUAUUUCAAGUUGGACAAAUAUCAAUGAAGGCAUCAGUUUGCCAAAGUUUGGUAUUUUCAGUUGGAGAAAAUUCAGAAAAAGCAUUUCUUGUCAACCUAGAAAAUGUUACUGACACCCAUCCAUUAUCCAUCAAAGCAACAUCAUUAUCCUUUUCCAGUCUACCAACUGAUCAACAAAUUGCCAUGAGCGUGUUAGAUGUCAAGUUUUAUGAUGCAAACACCAUUACUGUUUUGCUGAAAGAACGACAUGAGGAUGGUGAAGGAAUGACAUACUUAGCUCAAAUACCAACCCACCUUCUGCAAGAUGAAGGAUUUAUUUUCAUCAGUACAAGCCACCAUGAAGAUCCUCUGAGCAAUAAUCCUGCUCUGAAUGUACAGGAUGUGGGACCAAGGUUAGCGUUGUGGCGUAGAAUCCAAGGAUUCCAAUCAGGGUCUAUAGCUGUUAGUGGGUCAAGAAAAGUGUGUUGUAACUUGUCAAUGUCAAGACGUCGUGUUAAGCUGUAUGAUAUGGAUGCAGAAGAUGAAGAUGAUGAGGAAGAUGAAGAAGAAACCAGUAAGAAUGAAACUAAGGACAUGGAACAAAAUGGUGAAUUGAGCUUUAAUCAGUAAUCAAAUUAAUACUCCAAAGACUGCUGAUAUACAUCAUGUACUUACUCCAGUUUUUGUAAAUGUGCAAAAUGCACUGUUAAUAACUAUAGCAAUAGUAGAGCGGAUUUCGUAUGAAUGUGCAAAAAACACGGUACGUUCGUGCUGUGUCCGUACCGUGMCGUAGCAGUGAUGCAUUGGAAAAUCUUUAUUUUCAUUUGAAAUCCUAGAAGGCGAGGUUACUUGACAGUGCCGUGCCGUGUCCGGGUUGUGAUCUGUGCUUUUGCACAGUCAUAUGAAAUCCGCUCUAGUAAGCUUUAACACAAAGCAAAAAAAAAAAUAGCAAGGAAAGAAAUGGAGAAAAUCACAGGACACAACAACAACCAGUAUUUGGAUGUAAUAGUUUUAUAGCUUUUAUUUGAGUAAUAAAAAUUCCAAGUUGUAUGUAAUAUCAAUUUGUUUAUUUUUAUAUUUUAACUUUAAAAAGUGUGGAUACCUGAUUGGCUAAUUUACACGUUGGAUUUACAGCCACUUUUUACUUUGUUUCUCUGAUGAAUCAAACAAGGUGAUAGGGCUGACAGCAAUUUCAAAGGGA